AUGCCUGCUUUAAGAUCAAGGUAUGGCUAUGCCGGUCAUAUGCACCAGAAUGAUUCAACGACACCCAAGAAGCGAAACUCCAGAGUAUCAAUUCAUCCAACCCUAGAUGAGAGAGAAACUGGGCGAAUGUCACCUCCACAAGAUCAACCUAUACUCAAGUCCAGUCUAAAAGUCAAGUCGGCACGUUCGGCGGCCAAUAUCGCACCAGCUGAGAUUUUGCUGGACAUCUUCUCUAUGCUGGCACCUCGAGACUUUGACAAUGCCCGACGGACAUGCUCGCAAUGGAUGCGAGUCAGCCUCAACCACAAGCUGCUUGAAGCCAUGCUCAGAAGAGCAGGGUGGUGGGAUGCGUGGUUACAAGACUGUCAAAAGAAGCGUCUCUCAACACGCUCUGAUGAGAGUGAAGCCUGGAGAAUGAGUCGCCGAUUUGCAACCGAGUGUCUCCUCUCGGGGCGAAGAGUCAAUAUUGAAAAGUCAGGGUUCCUGUCAACCGCCACCGUUGACUUUUCCGGUCUUUCGAAUGAUGUGCCACGCAAGACUCGAGGCAGGCGUCUCCAGCCUGUGCUUAAAGAGAGCAAGGCUUUGUCAACGUUCAGCAUCAGCAGUUGCAGCAAUUACCUGCUCGUCACCAAUGGCUGCAUGAUCUAUGUCUAUCAUCUUUUGGGUCGAAAAUCACACUCAGCGUCUCUAAACAACUUGUCCGAUGUUACGUUGGCUCCUGUUUCACGGAUUUCAUGUCCGUUCGAGGUUAUUUCGGCUGUCAUCGACACCAGCACAUCUCGCUUUACUGUCGCCGCUCUCCUUGACAAUCGAGUUGGCAUGAUUCAUGACUUGGAUAUGAGCUUCUCUCACAAAUCAAGCACAAAGACUCGUGUCAACAACAACACCUCCUCUUUGCAAGGCACAGAUGAACAUCCAACACCAGUUCUCCCUUCAAUGCCAACAGCAGAUCCGACAUCUCGCCACUUCUUCUACAAUAUCUGUACUCCCGACUCCCCACCACGAACAAUAGCCCUAUGUCCCGGUCGACGUCUCGUGGGCUUCGGCUGUGCAGCCGGCAUAGAAAUCCACAGCAUGAGCGAACCAAGACGAAUGGAACAACGAAAACACUUCCCAAUGCCCCAACCCUCAGAGAUCCUCCACUUCCUCCCAAGCUCCCCCGAAGCCCCCAAUGAACUCCGCCUCAUCUCCUCCCUAGCCGGACCAGGCUUCCACGAAUGCAACUGUCCCUCCUCCCCAACAUCGACUCUCCAAUCGACCCUCCAAUCCCCAUCCCUCUCUCCAACCCCCCAAGCCAAGAACCAAUUCCACUUCCUAGCAGACGUGCAAUCCUUCAGCCGCCGUCGAAUUCCCCACACUCCAUCCAGGAGCUUCGUCCGCGCAACCCACUGCCACCACUACGGCGCAGUCCCCAUAAAUGACAACUUCCACCUCAUCCCCAAACAAGUCUCCUCUGCAUCGGCUCCUCCACCCCCCUCGGCGGCCCAACAAGCCUCACCCGCGCCUUCAUCUGCAUCCCCCCAUUCCCAUUCCCAACGCCCCCCUCCGCAAAAGAACCCCCCCCUCCCAACAACCUUCACCUCCGGCGCCGACCUAAGCUGGGGUCUCCGCGUAGUCGCCGCCUACGGCAACCGCAUCGUGCUCUACUCCAUCCCCCUGGAUGUCUACAACGCCGUCUGCAAAGAGCGCGAGCGCCAAAGCGACGGCGUCCUGGGCGACAGCACUCUCACCCGAGAAUGGUACAUCGACGCAGACCAGGCGCCGAAGCCGCGGGAGAGUCUGGCGCGGAAGCGGAAUGGGGAUUGGGAGUUUCGCGCGGGUGGCUCUUACGGGUCUGCUGGAUUGAUGUGGCCGUUCAAGGUCUUUGGGAAGGAGAUUGGGGCUGUUGAUGGGCUUGUUGAGCUUUCUGUGCAGUCUUCUGAAGGGGGUGCGCGAGUCUGGGCUUUUGGUGGGGAUGGGCGGGCUACGAUUUUUGAUGUUGAUACGUUUUCGUCGGGUGUUUCUGGUUCUGGCUCUGGAGGUGGUUCUGUGCCUGUUUCUGCUUUGAGAGUUGGGGCUGAUGGGAGUGUUGAGGGUUUGGAUGUGGUUGAGAGAGUUGGACUUGGGUCUUUGCGGAAGAGGAAGGCUGAGGUUUUGGGCGAUGGGUUUGUUGGUCGGUAUGGUGCUGGUCGGCAUUCGAUCAAUGUUGAUGGACUGGGCUUGGUAAAGCCUUGUGCUGCUGGUGUGCAUGGUAUACAGCAGGAUUCGUCGGUUCGUCGUACUUCUUUUGCGGCUUGUAUAUUGGAUUUCAAGAUCCCUGAGUUCGGGAUCUAG